AUGAAAACCGAAUUCCAGCUGGAAUGGCAGACUUUGGGGCUGAAGCUCCUCAACAACACUGCUCGUGUCCCGAUGCUCUGUCACCUUUACAAUGCUCUGCGUAUAGUUGACUCAAAGGCGCCUGUCUGGCCGGACAUGGAGCUACUCAUCCGCAACCAGAGCCCGGGGGCAGUUUUCACGGGUGGCCGCCCUCAGACGCUCGUUCAAGCGCGAAACAGCUUUCUCCUCAGCAUUGGAAUGUCGGCGACAAGCCUAGCCAAAGACUCUCGCGGAAUGCGGCUUAGGAAGGGCAACACUGUGUUGCGACAAUAUGAACAAGGUCCGAUUGCUCGGAACCUCUUCUAUCGUUGGAUGGGUCGAGAGACGCGGAAGACCAACGAGGCUGCGUACCAGCUGCAGGAGCUACUUUAG